CCUUGAACAGAAGAGUCCAGCCCAAAAUCUUAACCCCAAUUUCAAAGUAUAUUUACAAAUCAUGCCCCUUGGAUUUUUCCCCUUUUUCUUCGCGUAUGAUCAACGGUCGAAUUGCAGAGACGGAGACAAGCGCCUAGAGAGAGAGAGAGAGAGAGAGAGAUGGGGAGGAGAAAGCGUCGAUCGGAGGAGGUGGAAAACCUAGCCGCCAGAACGACGGAGAUCGAAGGAGGAGGAGGAGGAGGAGGAGGAGGAGGAGGAGUUGGAGAUGGAGACGGGGGUGGGAAGUUCUUCGCGUGCUACCUCUUGGUCUCCCUCAGCCCUCGCCACAAGGGUCAAACCUACAUCGGGUUCACGGUGAACCCUAGACGGCGAAUCAGGCAACACAACGGGGAAUUGAUGUGCGGAGCGUGGAGGACCAAGCGAAAGCGACCUUGGGAAAUGGUCUUCUGCAUCUACGGCUUCCCCUCCCAUGUCUCCGCUCUUCAGUUCGAAUGGGCCUGGCAGCAUCCGAGGGAAUCCUUGGCUGUAAGGAAGGCAGCUUCGGAAUUCAAAUCCUUGUCCGGGAUUGGCAACAAGAUUAAACUGGCGUACACCAUGCUUAAUCUCCCAUCCUGGCAAAGUUUCAACAUCAGAGUGAACUACUUUUCAACAAAAUACACAAAGCAUGCUGCUGGUUGCCCGAGUUUGCCUGGGCACAUGAAGGUUCAGAUUUGCCCAGUGGAUGAGCUCCCGUGCUAUUCUGAUGGAAUUGAAGUUUCGAUGCCAGACGAUGAAUGGGAAGGCGAGGCGGAGCUUGACGACAAGGACUGUGAUGCUCACAGAUUGGAGGAGCAGUCGGCAAGAGAUGACACGAUUCAAAAUCUGAGCGACGACGAACCAAGGGUACACCAGCCCCUUUAUGGUCAAGAUUAUGGUGUCGGCUUGUCGCCAGUUGGAGUACAAUCUUCAGUCAACCCCAGCUCUUUUUCCUCAGAUGAAGGGGGGAGGAGUGCUGAGUUAAAUAAGCAGUUAGAAGAAAAAUUGCCCAAGACAGCGUCGACUGCUAAUAACAGCCAAGAGACCAGUAGAUUUAUUGCAUCCGAGGAAAUUGAGAUCAUAGACCUCUUCACCCCAUCGCCGAAUCAUACAUCUUCCACGGGUAAGAGGAGAAGGGUUCCAACCAUAGGUCCCAAAAUUAUCGACUUGACUCAGUCUCCCAUUUUUGUCUAAUUAUGUUGAGUGUAGGAUGCUGUAGUUUAACUUCAGAAUAAUGAUGGAAUCAUCUGUAAGGAUGUAACUUCCGCUUGUGCUUUAUAAUAAACGCACGUGAAGUAGAUCACUUCCGGCGAUCUGUUUCCUGUGAAGGCGAUUGGUUGCAUUCUA